AUGGACCACACUAGAGAUCCGUGCCCCUGGGUCAUCCUCAAUGAUUUUGGCGGCGCAUUCGCUAUGGGGGCUGUCGGUGGUGCAGUAUGGCAUGGCAUCAAAGGCUUCCGUAACUCCCCUUACGGCGAACGGCGCAUCGGUGCCAUCACAGCGAUAAAGGCUCGCGCACCCGUCCUCGGCGGCAACUUUGGUGUCUGGGGAGGCCUUUUCAACACAUACGACUGCGCCGUAAAGGGAAUUCGAAAGAAGGAGGACCCCUGGAACGCCAUCAUUGCAGGUUUCUUCACCGGCGGGUCGCUUGCCGUACGAGGAGGCUACAAGUCGAUGCGCAAUGGCGCAAUAUCGUGCGCCAUCCUGCUCGCCGUUAUCGAAGGAGUCAGCAUUGGUUUCAACAGGAUGAUGGCCGACAACACAAAGCUCGAGGCGCCCCCGAUGCCAGCGCAGACCGCACCCCCUGCCCCCAGCGGCGGCAUGGCCAUGGCUGCGUAA